CCUGCGCUCCGCCACCGCCGGGCCAUGCCACGCCGGGGACACGGGCGGCCGCCGCGGGUAGCGAUGCGCGGGGGUAGGUAGGACGGACGGACUGACGGACGGACGGACGGACGGACAGAGCCGGGCGCGACGGUGCCGCCGAGACGUCGAGGGAGAGUGAACGAGAAGAGAGAGAGAGAGAGCGAGAACGAGAGCGAGCGGCGGAGCGAGGAGCGGCGGAGCGUGUCCCCGUCCCCGCGUGUCCCCAUCCCCGCGUCAGGACGCGCAGGGCGAUGUCGCCGCGGCAGCAGCCACAGCCCGUCUGACCGCCACCGCCUCUCCAUGUCCCGGCUCGUUAUUUAUUAUUAUUAUUAUUGUUGUUGUUGUUGUUGUUAUAUUUUUUCCUCCUUUGAUUUCUCAUUGGGAAAAGCACUUUGACUCCUGACUGCUCUACCUCAGACCUUAGAAAAACUCAUCACGCUCGCUUUUUGGCGGUUUUGUUUUUAAUUUUUUUAAUUUUUAUUUUUCUGAGCGCCGAUCUUUAUAGCCGUUAUUGUUUUAUUGUUACUAUUAUUAUUACUAUUAUUAUUAUUAUUAUCCGUGUGGUUGGUAGCGGCCGGGAUCCUGCGGCUGUGUCGAAGCGCUGGGCAGUGGGGGAUUCUCCUGUGUACCCCUCCUAGGACACUCGAAAGAAGAUUUUUCUUCUUCCUCCCUUUUUUUUAUCCUUCUUCACUUCUCCAAGGCUUUUAAAAGAUACAUACACAAAAACAAGAAAAAAAAAGAAAGAAAAAAAUCAAAACAAAACACAAACCAAACCUUCGCCGGUGUUGUCGUCUUUCUAAAAAAAAAAAAAAAAAGAAUUGUUGUUUUUAUUUUUUUUCCUUGAUACCUGGGAAACCGCUGCCCCCUCAGAACUAACCAAAGACAAUGGUUCACUGUGCAGGCUGCAAAAGGCCGAUCUUGGACCGGUUUUUGUUGAAUGUACUGGACAGGGCUUGGCAUGUGAAGUGUGUUCAGUGCUGUGAAUGUAAAUGCAAUUUGACAGAGAAAUGCUUUUCGCGAGAAGGCAAGCUUUACUGCAAAAACGACUUCUUUCGGUGUUUCGGGACCAAGUGCGCGGGCUGUGCCCAGGGCAUCUCCCCCAGCGACCUGGUCCGCAGGGCGCGGAGCAAAGUGUUCCACUUGAACUGUUUUACGUGUAUGAUGUGUAACAAGCAACUCUCCACCGGCGAGGAGCUCUACAUCAUAGACGAGAACAAGUUUGUCUGCAAAGAAGAUUACCUAAAUAACAGCAAUACUGCCAAAGAAAACAGCCUGCAUUCAGCCACCACCGGCAGUGACCCCAGCCUGUCCCCCGACUCUCAAGACCCCUCCCAGGACGACGCCAAGGACUCGGAAAGCGCCAACGUGUCCGACAAGGAGACGGGGAGCAACGAAAACGACGACCAGAACCUGGGGGCCAAGCGGCGGGGACCCCGCACCACCAUCAAAGCCAAACAGCUAGAGACUCUGAAAGCCGCCUUCGCGGCCACCCCAAAACCCACCCGGCACAUCAGGGAGCAGCUGGCACAGGAGACCGGCCUCAACAUGCGGGUCAUCCAGGUGUGGUUCCAGAACCGGCGCUCCAAGGAGCGGCGGAUGAAGCAGCUGAGCGCGCUGGGCGCCCGGCGACACGCGUUCUUCCGCAGCCCGCGCAGGAUGCGGCCGCUCGUGGACCGGCUGGAGCCCGGCGAGCUCAUCCCCAACGGGCCCUUCUCCUUCUACGGAGAUUAUCAGAGCGAGUAUUACGGCCCUGGAAGCAAUUACGAUUUCUUCCCGCAAGGACCUCCUUCGUCUCAAGCGCAGACCCCCGUGGAUCUCCCGUUCGUGCCCUCCUCGGGGCCGUCAGGGACCCCGCUGGGGGCCAUGGACCACCCCCUGCCCGGACAUCACCCCUCGAGUGAGGCUCAGCGCUUCACUGACAUCAUGUCGCACCCGCCGGGAGACUCGCCCAGCCCCGAACCCAACCUGCCCGGCUCCUUGCACUCCAUGUCCGCAGAAGUUUUUGGCCCCAGCCCCCCAUUUUCGUCGAUAUCCGUCAACGGUGGUGCUAACUACGGCAAUCACUUGUCCCACCCUCCAGAGAUGAACGAAGCAGCUGUGUGGUAGCUUUAAACAAACUGGGUCUAAGUAAGUGAUGAUCAUCUAGUCUGCUUAUUGUUAUGGUGUACAGAAAUGAAUUCAUAUAACAUCUCUCCCGCCCUAAGACAAUUUUACCUUGGGAACGAACUGAAUCCAAUCGCUCCAAGGCAAGCUUUGCUCUAGACCAGGACAAUCUCCAUGUUACGGUUGUAUCAAACAAGCAAGGGGACUUUUUUUGUACCAUUGACAAAGAAACUGGGGAAGCUGUACAGUAAAAGUGCUGCCAUUCCGUAGGAUGGCGUAAGUUUGAUUACCCUGUUGGAUGUCAUCCUAAGAGCCACAAUCCUUAGAAACUUCUCGUUUAAAAAAAAAAAAAAAUAUUUAAAAAAUAAUUGAAUGAAGGAGAGGUCAAAGAAAAGGGGAAAAAAAGCUUCAAGAACUCUCUAUAGCGUUCCUGGUUAAGGAUGGUUCUGGCAUUAUGAAUCUGUUUGUUCAUUUUUGUCUCUCAGAAAGUUGGACAACAAGAAACUCUUUUUAGCUUCAGCCAUUUCAGCCUGCUGACGAUCAGGUGGGACAACUUUUCCUUUUUCCUUUCUUUUUUUUUUUUUCUUUUCUGUUUUGUUUCGGUUGUUUUGGUUUGGUUCUUUUUUUUUUUUUUUUUUUUUUUUUCCAAAAAUAGCAAAUACUAAAUGUUAAGCCCUCAGCACCAACUCUUCUACCUUCACAAAGCUACACGUACAAAACCUCCUCAUCAUAGCAAAGGUCACCACCCAGACCUCUAACGAAAAUGACUUGAAAAAAACAAACAAACAAACAAAAAGUAUUCUACCUUCACAGAGAGAGAAAAGCUAAACAAAAAGACUCUAUUGAACUAAAAACAGUCAACUGUUUACGUCUAAUGUUAAAUUCAGGAGCUCAAUGUUUUACUAAUAAAUCCUGUUUUAGGAAAACCUCUUGUUCAAAAGCAAAAGAUUUUGAGCAGCCAACCAAAAUAGUUCAUUUUCUUUUCUGUAGAUGUUCUAACAGAUUGCAGGGCUUGUGGUUCACUGUGCUAGUUUGUAAAAGGUGUUGUUUACAGAAGGCAAAGAAAAAAAAAAACCCACAAAACCCAGACAGUUGCCAAAUAAAGUAAAUAUAUAGCACAAAUACUGUAAGGUGCUUUGCACCAGCAACCCGAGAAGGUGUUUAAAAAGUGUUACAAGCUUAAAAAGAAAAAAAAAAAAAAGACAAACAGACAUCUUUGCUAAUUUUUAGUCCUGUUGAACAUUCAUGGAAUUGUUAAUAUGACUUAUAUAGACCCACACAGGUUUUAUUUUUGUGUCUUUAAAAUAAAAGUCCAAAAUAUUUAAAUUUUAUGGUCAAAUAUGCAGUCAACAGCUGCUACUUUUUUCUUUAUAUAUUAAAUUUCUCAUAUGUCUUUUAUUGUUCUAAUGAACCUAAGCUUGUGUGACCUCCAGUGCAUAUUAGACCAUUCACUGUAUGAAAGAAAACAUGUUGGAUAAAAUUUGUGCGUUUUUAAUAAAAUUAGAAAAUCUGA